CAUAAGGAUUUGAAAAGGAAAGAAGUCUGAACAUAGCAUGUCGUACACGAGUGGAGGGCUUCUGUGUAUUGGGAAUUCCUAUUUUAGUUUAUUAUCUGAAACAUAUGUCUAUGGAGAUGUAAUCUUGAAAUAGAUAAUGGAAAUAGGAAUAAAAUCACACAUAAUGACAUUUUAUUUUUGCCAUUAAUCAUAAAAUUUCGAGCAUGCGGACAUUUUGUUCGCAGAGCUGUGAACUGUGGUAUACAAGCGUUAGGUCCCAACCUUUUAACCUUUUUUGGUGUGCUCAGUAGACGAAAAUUGUACACAUCAGCAACACUGGUAUACCAGCUGCAUUAGACGCAGAGCAACUUGUCGAUAUAUUUGAAAGUAUAAAGAGUGAAAGAUUGCAUUUAAAGCGCCGGGAAUUACGGUAUAUAUAUACUUCUACAAACACAUAAUAUAUAUAUACAUGUGUGUGUGUGUUUAUACAUUUGUAUAUAUAUCUAAAACUAUCCCUAAUGUGCAAGGAAUGGCCAGGGUUCCCAUCUACUGGCGAUGCGUGAUUUGAACGCUGGUCAGCAAGAUUGCCAGACAAGAACGCUGCCACUGCACCACACCACACACACAUAUGUAUGCAUAUGUGUGUGUGCGUGUGUGAAUUACCACUGGUAAUGAUUAUAAUCUCUAUUUAAUUCACGAACAAAGGGAGCUGGGAGUAAGGAUGAGGAAGCAGUGAGGAAGCCCCUCGACCAUAGAGCGAACCCUGAGAGACCAGGCGACUUGGAAGGAGAAAAAGGGAGCCCAGACUUGCACACCGCUGCUUCUGUGGGUCACGUGAAUGUCAUGCGGGACCUCCUGAAGGCGGGAGCUCCAAAGGACACGAUUAACGAAAUGGGUCUUCAGGCCGUGCACUGUGCGGCGAAGGGCGGCCACAUCGAGGCGCUGAAGCUCCUGAAGGAGAGUGAAUGCGAUUUAACGACCAGGACACCCCAAGGCGCCACGACCCUCCACUGCGCGGCCGAGGGCGGGCACGUGGCGGCGGUGCAGUGGCUCCUCGAACACAGCGGCCUCAGUCUCGAUUCCCUCAACAGCGACGGAGACACUGCCCUCGAUGUGGCUCGAAAAAACGGCCAUCAUAACACCACCGGCCAUUUGCAGGAGGCCAAACACCAAAGAGACCUAAAGAAACUGCAGGAUGAGAAAGAACAUGAGAUUACAAGACUGGCAGCAGAACUGAAGAUGAACGAACUGGAAAAGGCCAAACACCAAAGAGACCUAAAGAAGCUGCAGGAUGAGAAAGAACAUGAGAUUACAAGACUGGCUGCAGAACUGAAGAUAAACGAACUGGAAAAGGCCAAACACCAAAGAGACUUGAAGAAGCUGCAGGAAGAGAUGAAAGAGAAAGAACACGAGAUAACAAGACUGGCUGCAGAACUGAAGAUGAAAGAAGAACUGGAAAAGGGAGCUGGGAGUAAGGAUGAGGAAGCAGUGAGGAAGCCCCUCGACCAUAGAGCGAACCCUGAGAGACCAGGCGACUUGGAAGGAGAAAAAGGGAGCCCAGACUUGCACACCGCUGCUUCUGUGGGUCACGUGAAUGUCAUGCGGGACCUCCUGAAGGCGGGAGCUCCAAAGGACACGAUUAACGAAAUGGGUCUUCAGGCCGUGCACUGUGCGGCGAAGGGCGGCCACAUCGAGGCGCUGAAGCUCCUGAAGGAGAGUGAAUGCGAUUUAACGACCAGGACACCCCAAGGCGCCACGACCCUCCACUGCGCGGCCGAGGGCGGGCACGUGGCGGCGGUGCAGUGGCUCCUCGAACACAGCGGCCUCAGUCUCGAUUCCCUCAACAGCGACGGAGACACUGCCCUCGAUGUGGCUCGAAAAAACGGCCAUCAUAACACCACCGGCCAUUUGCAGGAGGCCAAACACCAAAGAGACCUAAAGAAACUGCAGGAUGAGAAAGAACAUGAGAUUACAAGACUGGCAGCAGAACUGAAGAUGAACGAACUGGAAAAGACCAAACACCAAAGAGACUUGAAGAAGCUGCAGGAAGAGAUGAAGGAGAAAGAACAUGAGAUAACAAGACUGGCUGCAGAACUGAAGAUGAAAGAAGAACUGGAAAAGGAAGAAAUCAAGAAAUUGCAAGCGAUGUUGAAGAGCAAAGAUGAACAAAUUAAGCGACUGUCGAAGAAGCAGCGAAAAGGAAAGCACCAACGAGAAUCCAAGAAAAUGGACUCGCCAGAGUGACAGGAAUCGGCGCUACACAUUUCUUUUAAGUGGUUAUUGAGGGUUAUAUAUAUAUAUAUAUAUAUAUAUAUAUAUAUAUAUAUAUAUAUAUAUAUAUAUAUAUAUAUAUAUAUAUAUAUAGGGCCGCCGUGGUACAGUGGUAACGCGCGCGGCUGUGAGCCAAGGGGUCCGCAAGCACACGGGUUCGAUUCCCGGCCACGGUCCGAAGUUAGGAAGGGCAUCCACUCGGGGUAACGGUCUCCAACUGCCAAAUCCUACCCGUCCUUCACGGGGCAGGCCCGUCCUAGCCCUUGACCAAAAAGGGAGUUUCGUGACGUUAAAUCGAACCAACCAACCAUAUAUAUAUAUAUAUAUAUAUAUAUAUAUAUAUAUAUAUAUAUAUAUGUAUAUACAUAUUCAUAUUUAUUUCAGAAAGAUUUCGAAGGUGUCAUAAAACUGUAUUAUCUGUACAGUAACAGAGAGCCGACAAUAUUUAUAAUCCAAUUAUACACAUGUGGUUCUAAUAUUAUAAUAAUACGUAAGUAAAUAAUGUAAACAAAAGUAUAACACGAUCAUAUUAACAGACAAAUACAUACAAAACUCAAUACAAAUAUAUACAAAAUAGAAAUCAUAAAUAUGUGGAACGUAUAAAAGGAAUGACAAACUAACCAAACUGGGCGUUUAUGGUAAGGGGGAGUCUAGUGGGUAUUUUUAUAAAAUUUAUAAAUCAGUGUGCUAUAUGAAAGAAAAAUAGGAAGCUUGCAUUGAAGUGCAUGGCUAGCAUGAGCUAAUGAAAACCUUUUGAUACUCAGUGGCAACACCCCUUGCAGCCAACUGGAUCUGAGAAGGGAGCAUAGCCGGUAGUUAUUUGCCACGUCUCCUUACCGAGUCAUUUUCUUCCUAAUCAUUUAUUUUCGUUGUUAUUUAGAGCAAUCCAUAACUACUGCAAGGGAUGCAGACCCCUUUUGUUCUGCUGGCAACAUCCAGUGGGACUUCGCAUUACAUUGCCGGACUCAAAGUAUCAGAAAUCGCUGGGCUGUUUGAAUGGAUGCCCAGCAGAGGGGUCGGGGAGUUGACAGAUGUCAGGCCCGGCAGAGUUACGGGGUAUGAUUAUGCGGAAAUCCCAGACGAGAUGUUUCUACCAUUGGUGAGGUCCGUGGUGUUCCUUGAGACAGAGCCAUUGUACCUCGUUCAGGACAACAGACCCAUCCACACGAGUAGUGUCGUGAAGGCUUGGUUUCGGCGACACCCCGAGAUUAUGUUGUGCCACAUCCACCCAAAUCACCAGAUCUCAAUCCCAUUGAGAAUGCUUGAGCAGCCAGGGGCAGAGACUUUCCCCCAGGAUCAUAUCCGCAAUCAUCAUUUCAAGCAAUUAUGGUAUGAAAAUUGUUUAAUGGGACAAAGUCUAGGUGGUCAACUGCAUAUCAGGUUGACUCACAACACUUUUUCCAACCGCAUUCGUCUUCGUAUCAUAUUGUUAACCCCUUGGUGCAGGGUAUGACGUGUACGUACGUGCUAUGCCCACCGUGAGUACUUGUUUGAUUGUUUUUACGCAUAGAUGGCAACACUUGUACUAACUCCCCAAUGAGCCAGUUAGGAGCACCGGCCGUCUCGCCCGUUUACCCGUUUCUUUGAUUUACAAAAUAUUUUACGUAAUAUUUGUUUGCUGUUACUAAUGUUUAAAAACAUUAUAAAAAUCAUAAUGUUUAUGAUAAAAAUAACACCAUCGAUUUUCAUAGCCCUAGUGAAAAAUACGUUUUUCCCGCCAUUUAAAUCAGGCGCUAGCAGAGCCAUCUAUCGGCAGACAUUUCACGAAAAACAUAGAAAGUGGUCACAAUAUUUUCCCCAUUUUUUGUUCAUUUUCCCCGGCACCAUUGGGUUAAGUCAGGAAGAGAAAAGAUUUUUUUUUUUUUCUUUUUUUUUUUUUAGCUUGGUAGCAAGGGCGGGUAAAUAAAUAAACCACAUGAUAAGUCAGAGCUGUAGUUCAUACAUUGUUUUAUGAAUCUUUCUAUAGUGUUGGUGAUACUAAAUGCAAAAGUUAACUCAAUCUGGGGGCAAUUAUUUUGCAAGUGUUUUUAAAUGGUUCCUGAGUUCAAAACCUAAACACCCAUAUAUAUUUUCAGUAAUAUUUUGAAGUUAACUUUAUCUAAGCCAAAAUUGUCAAGAUGAAUACUGCCUUGGUUGUUACCUAUUAACUCUGUGGUCUCUUGUAAAGACAAGUUUAUGAACAGUGAUUCAACAUCAAAGCUCUUGGAAGUGCCAAUCGAGAAAUUAAUGAGUCUAAUAGGAAUAUUUUCUUAUGAUCUUUGGGUGGUCGAUAAAACACAGCAGGUCUGGAAACGGAAGUAGUAAGAAAGUUGUAGGUGUUUUCAUCAAUGGAUGAUUUGAUAUUACGAAGUAGUCUGUUCAGAUAGGUGGAUACUUCAGUCGUAAUUCAUCUGAAAUUGUGAGGUCAUUCACAAGUCUAUAAGCCUUUGUUUGUAAUCAUAUUUGAUUAAAUUAACAACUCGUCCCUUGUCUCGUUUGGCAAUUACUAUUCUCUUGUCAUUUCUUAACCCAUUCGCGCCGGGUAAAAAUGAACAAAAAAUGGGGGAAAAUGCCGUGCUCAAUUUUUAUACUUUUUGUGAAUUUUUUCUACACUAGAUGGCUCUGCCUUACCUGAUUUCAUUUGGCGGGAAAAUGUAUUUUAACUAUUACAGUGAAUAUCGAUGGUUAUUUUUAUUGUAAACAUUAUAAUUACUAUAAUGUUAGUAACAGCAAAAUAAGAUAACGUAUAAUAUUUUCGUAAAUUAAAGAAAAGGGUAAACAGGCGAGACAGGCAGUACAAGUACAAGUGCAGCCAUCUAUGUGUGAAAACAAUCAAACAAGUAAACUCACAGUGGGCCCGUCACAUAUACGGGACACCCGGCGUGAAUGGGUUAAGAGCUUGUAGAGCUGAUAAGAAAAUAUCUGAAUCAUGAGUUUGUCUUCUCUGGUGCGAGAAUAUUGUAAAAGUGUUGUUGGCUACUUGUAGUUGUACUGUUGAUUGUAAUAUUAUUGAAGUUGUACUACAAAGUUGUUGUUUUUUUCAAAGUACGUGUUAAAUCUAUAGAAAAGCAAAUAUAUUUUUGGGAUAAA